AUGUCUUUUCCAUUUCGAAUUAUUGAACAUACAAUCCCCGGUCAACACAUCAGAGAAUACCCUCAGAGUACCAGGGGAAAUCAAGAAACCCCACAUCACCUUGCCAUCAAGCAAUACAUUCCCAUUGAUACUCCGAUCCCUGAUAAUGCAAUCACCAUCAUCGGGUUCCACGGAAAUGGCAACCCCAAGGAGACAUACGAGCCUCUCUGGGAAGACCUAUAUACUGAAUUGAAGCAGAAAGGACUCUCACUGCGUGGAAUCUGGGUCGCAGAUAUAUCAAAUCAAGGAGCAAGUGGAAUUCUCAAUGAAAAUAUCCAGGGUGAUCGAACAAACUGGUAUGACCACUCGCGCGACAUUCUCCACAUGGUCAACCAUUUCCGCGAUGAAAUUUCUCGCCCUAUAAUCGGUGUCGGGCAUAGCAUGGGUUGCGCCCAACUUGUAAAUCUCUCAAUCAUGCACCCUCGGCUCCUAUCGACAUUGAUCAUGUUUGAUCCCACCAUCUUCGACAUUAGUACCGAUAUAUCCUUGGUAGGACCAAACCCAGGCCUCCAGUCCAGUCUACGCCGCGAUCUCUGGUCGAGCGCUGAGAAAGCCAAAACCGCCUUGUCGAAAAGCCUACGCAAAUGGGAUCCUCGGGUUCAAGAACGAUAUCUGAAAUUUGGACUUCGGAAUGUCCCGACGGCUAUAUAUAAGCUUUCGGAUCCGAAUGUUGGUCCAGAAGCCGUAACUUUAACGACGACGAAGCAUCAGGAAACAUGGAGUUACUACAGCACAAAUCUUGAACAUGAAUCGCUGGAUAGAUUUGUGCUACCGGACUGGGAUUCUGACAAGGAAAGGCCGUAUAUCGUUGCGCGACCGGAGUGCCAGGCCGCUUUCAGAAAUCUGCCAUUCCUUAGGCCGAGUGUGUUGUAUGCUUUUGGUGGGAAAAGCCCUCUUUCUUCGCCUCAGUCGCAGGACGCAAAGAUGCGGGCUACCGGGACUGGGGCCGGUGGGAGUGGUGGAGUUCAGGCUGGGAUGGUGGAGAAAGUCGUUCUGAAGGAGGGAACGCAUUCGAUUGUUUGUGAGGAUGUGGGAUGGUGUGCUGAGGUUGGGGCUGGGUGGAUUCAGAAAUGGUUCAAUGGGUGGUUGGAAGAUGAGAAGUUCUGGUCGGUGUAUCAGAGCCGGCACUCAGAUGAUGAGAUGUUGAGGUUGUCGAAAGAAGCAAGUAUUUCUGCUACGGUGCCAAUCCGGACCAAGAGGGGGGAUCUCCCGAAAGGCAAGCUAUGA